AUGUUUGGUAGUGGUGGUGAUGAAGGUAGAGUUGGUGGUUGUGGUAAUGGUGGUGGUUGUGGUGUUGAUUGUGGAGGUGGUAGUGGAUGUGGAGGUUUUGGAGGAGGAGGUGGUUGUGGUGGUAGUGGUGGUGAUGGUGGUGGUGGUGAUGAUGGAGGUGGAGGUGGAGGAGGUGGUGGUUGUGGUGGUGGUGGUGGUGGUGAUGAUGGAGGUGGAGGUGGAGGAGGUGGUGGUUGUGGUGGUGGUGGCGGAGGAUGA